AGGAGGACGUGAAAAGUCGUCGCUUUUAAUAAUUCUAAUAAUAGAAACUUGCAUGUUCAACGCUUUAAUUUUUGCUUAUUUUUUAACGUUAAUUGCCAAAAUUUUAAAUUUACGUAAUACAUAUCAUUGCAACAUUUCUGCAGCUACGUCAAUAUGCGUUUGGCAAUAUUUCUUUUAAUAUUUUGCAUAUUCGAGUAUGCGCUGACCGUGGACCAAACGAAUUUCAAAACAUGUGAUCAGAGCAGUUUUUGCAGGCGAUGCCGCAAAGUGAAGCCAGAUAAUCCUAAAUUUGCUUUGGUACCUGGGACACUCAAUAUAUACUCAGAUUCCAUAACAGCCGAUCUGAUACAUAAGGAUAACAAACAUUUGUUUAGCCUUAAGUUAGAAGCUUUGGAGCAGAGCAACACCUUUCGAUUGCUUGUGGAUGAGAAAACUCCCCUGAAGCCUCGCUACAAAGUUCAAGAUGCUCUUAAAUCAGCACCGAAGCCUGGAAGCAUUAAAGUUCACGAGGGUGAUACCGAAUUUACAAUUACUUCAGGUCCAAAUAAAGCUGUUGUCACCGCUGAUCCAUUCCGUGUUGAUUUCUAUCAAAAUGACAUUCUUACCGUUUCGGUUAAUGCUAAGGGUCUCAUGACUUUUGAACAUUUGCGUCCAAAGCCUCAACAACCAGCUGAUGGAGAGAAUGCAGAAAACCCUGCAGCCAAUGAUGUAAAGGAGGCUGAUGAAAUCGAUGAUCCUGGUGCAUGGGAAGAGAAUUUCAAAUCACAUCAUGAUUCAAAACCGUACGGACCUGAGGCUAUUGCCCUCGAUUUUUCUUUCCCAGAAGCAGAAGUUCUAUUCGGCAUACCUGAACACGCAGACUCUUUUGCUCUAAAAUCUACAUCAGGUACAGAUCCUUACCGAUUGUACAAUGUCGACGUCUUUGAAUAUAUCAUCGACAGUAAGAUGGCCCUUUAUGGUUCGGUGCCAGUAAUCUAUGGCCACGGGGGCGGUACAAUUGUACCCAAAAAGGAACGAAUCCGCAGGGCUGCGACGCUCAUGAAGAACGACCCAUAUACUCUGGUUGUGUGUCUGAAUAGCGCUGGCAAGGCAGAGGGCACAAUUUAUUUAGACGAUGAAAAAUCAUACAAUUAUCGAAAGGGUGAAUACAAUUACAUCAAUAUGAAGUUUGAAAACAACGUGCUGGAUGUGAACUUUAUUGGCAAACCAAAUUUCAAGACAGCCGCUUGGAUUGAACGUGUUGUCAUUGCUGGUUUGGGACGCAUACCCAAGUCGGCCACUCUCAUUAUCGAUGGUGCUUCACAAGAGCUGGAAAUUUUACCACAUGGUGAAGGUGUAGCUGUACGCAAACCUGGUAUAUCGGUGCAGCAAAUCUACAAUAUUAGGCUUAAUUUUUAAAUUGUUCAGGGAAUAUAAGACUAUAGAUAAAGCAUAAUGAGAAUUAGUAGAUGCUUUUAAGCUUACAUUUCCAUGCACCGUAGGGCUUAAACUUCUGAGGUAUUAUUUAAUUGACGCUAAAUAUAUGUAUGUAUUCUUCCUGUCGUUUUCAAUGGUACUCAUAGCAUUUCAUAACCUUUAAAUAAAGUUGAAACGGGAACUUUUGUUAACAACCGUUUUGGUUACAUUCAGAA